GUAAAGGGGACCUGUGUAUGUAAACAGCCUGCCGGCUUUUUGAAAUCUAAUGGAUACAACGGUCAAUUGGAAGGAGUUCGAAGAACCGAACCAAAAAGCCACGACAAAGACACUACUCUCUCAGGCUAGCUAGAUAGUAGAGUACAAUCCAGAAGAUAGAUAAAUGUUGGGAGUCCUUUGGAAUAUCUUGAAGCGUCCGUCGCUGUGGACGACUAUAGUGGCACUGGCUGCCUACUGGGAUCAUCAAGCAUUGCGAGGCAAAUGGAUCUACGACGACGCGGGCAGUGUGGCCAAGAAUGUGGUGGUCAACGGUCAAGUGCCUUGGAAGGAUGCCUUUACACGAGACUUUUGGGGAACGCCCAUGAAGGAACCCCAAUCGCACAAAUCCUUCCGCCCCAUUACCACACUCUCCUUCAAAGCCAAUUGGAUGUUGGCCGAUUAUUUGGGCACGGCCGAUACCGAAGAGCACACGCACUAUUUUCACGUGGUCAAUGUACUACUGCAUGGCAUCAAUUCGGGGCUCGUCACCGAAGCGGCAGCUUUCGUCUUUGAUGAUCCUGCAGUCCUAGGAGGAACGUCCGAUGGAGAUAUCUUGGCGCAGUUGAUUACCGGGUUUAUAUUUGGGUUGCAUCCUGUCCAUGCUGAAUCUGUGUCCAAUAUCACCAGUCGAGGAGAAUUGCUCAUGACAUUCUUCUUUCUCGUGGCAUUCUUGUCGUUUGCCAGUCAUUUACCGGCACGAAAUACUCCCUCUCCCAAGGGGGCAGGUGGUAUGAUGCAGUCCAUUCUCUGUGUCUAUAUCAUCCCCUGGGUAGGAAUGACGGCAUCACUCUUCUCCAAAGAACAAGGAGCCACCACUCUCUGUGCCUUGGUCGCUUAUGACUUUUUGAAACACCACACGUCGGCUCAAGAAUACUUUUCCAAAUUAUUGUUUCAAAGAGACUCCUACUCGCUUCGGUUCCUCGGCAGAACCGUCGUCUUGGCCAUUCAAACGAUCCUCAUGGCGGGAUGGCGCAAAUGGUUGAAUGGAGAGAGCAGUCCCGAUUUCAUUUACGAUCAAAACCCCGCUGGAUUUGCGGAACAUCGCUUUACACGGGCAUUUUCCUUGAAUUGGGUCUAUUGCCUCUAUAUUCGGGAUAUGAUCUUUCCAGUUUAUUUGGCACCCGAUUGGAGUGGUGUCAGUAUUGAUCUCAUUGAAGAUAUUUCCGAUCACAGGGCGCUCUUGGUCAUUUUCUUGUGGAUUUUUGCCUUUGCGUGUGUCCAGUCGCUCUUUGUGGGAUUGCCAGAGCACGCAACAAUACUCGAAUCGGAAGUGAGGAGGGUGUUGUUGAUGGCGUUUUUUGCCUUUUUGUUCCUGCCCUUUUUGCUAUCCUCCCAUCUGCUGGUCGUCGGAGGAUUCAUGAAGGCAGAUCGUGUCGUGUACCUCCCGCUGUUUGGGUUCUGUAUCAUGGAGGCACUGCUGGUGAAAACGCUAUGUUGUUCCUACAUUCUGGAACCAGCCCAAACGAGUCCUCCCGUUACAGCAGCCAAACCCAACACGACAAACGAAUCGACAACCAAAGGCAAGAGUGACCCGCCACCAGAGCUGAAAAGUGAAUCCGAGGCAAAGAAAGAGCCGGCGCCCGAGAGCGAGAACGAGCCAUCGGCUGAGGGCAAACUUGACUCUGCAGAAGACAAGGACAAAGAUUUGUCCACAACAACCAACAGUGACAAUGGAAAACAAAAGAGUGAACAGGCUCCAAAAAAACCAGUAACGAAAUCUCGUUUACGGGUCAAUCUGUUGGGUCAGCUCUUGUGCCUAAUUCAGAUUGGACUCUUCUCGGUGAAACUUCACGAACGUAACAUUGCUUGGAGCAGUCCAGUAAUUCUCUGGACAAAGGCUUUCAAUGUCAAUCCGAGGUCUCACCAUACAAUGUACAACUGUGGGUACGAACUAUCGCUGCGGCAACGAUAUGCGGAAGCGGAAGAAGUCAUGCGGCCCAUUGGAAAUGCACGAGUGGACGGGCCUUCCAACACUUUUGUAUACGCCAUGGUUUUGUACAAUCUUGGUCGAUGCGACGACGCUCACUAUUACAUUGACAUUGCCAUGGAUGUGCUGGAAGAACAACGAAUAGAAGGAGGAAUUCGGCAUCAAAGUAGUGCAUUGGAUCGGACCAAAAGCAACUUGCUGGUAGCGCGGGGAUAUUGCACCACCGAGAACUUUCAAAAGCAAGGACGCAUUCUGCAAGAGGCGGUGCGAACAGACCCACGAAACACCUAUGCCGUCCAACAAUUCCAGGCUUACCUGAACAAGAUGGAGCAAAUAAAGGAGAUGAAGGAGAAAUAUGGAAUGGAUGUGCCCGGGAUGUAGACGGCUAACGCCAACAACUCUCUUGGUUACUUCUGGGCAACUAGUGAGAUUGCAAGGCUAAAAACCAGUUCCCCUACUGUAGGCGAUUUGCCGCGCCCGUGAAAAAGGGCUUCCAAAAGACGUUUCAAUUUAGCUUUGGAAUCUAGUUUAUCGGGAAAUAUAUUAUCGUAGCUAGCUGGUUUCUAGAGCAUGAA